UAUUAUAUUAUGACAUAUAAAUAAACAAAUUAAUUUGAUAGAAUAUAAUACCUACACUUCAAUGAAUGGAGACAUCAAGAAAAUAUUUAGUCAAUAUUGUUUGUUUAAAUACUCAGCAUCUGCCAUCAGUCAUCUGGUGAAUCUACUAACUGCAUGAAAAGUAUCCAUACAAUUAAAAUAUAAUUUCAUAAUUGAUAUAUUUUAAUAACUAAGGAGUGUUGCAAUGUUGCAAAUAAUGCUGAAAAUAUCUUUCUAUUAUAAUUUAUUUUAAAAUUAUGUAAUCAAAAUUUUUAUUUUACAUGAAAUUCUACAUUCUGUAUCUUGAGGCACAAUAAGCAUAUAAUAACAGACAUAUAUAAACAUGAACAAUUUAUUUUGAAAAUGUAGCCAACCACUGAUGACAUAAAUCACUAUGUAAGUAAGAUUGUGAGGUCAUAUAUACUUAGACCCAAGUUAUUCUUAAAAAUUAUAUAAUAUUAGCAGUUUGCACAAAAUCGCUGAAUGGAAUCUGAUAUUUAUGGGUACCUAUAUAGGUCAUAGAUUAUAGACGUACAGUGUAUUCAUGUAGGAUUUUUCACCAUCCAUUGAAAUAUUAUACAUAAUGAUAACUGUCAAUUAAAAGGUUGUAGCUAGCCAAAAUGUUUCUUGUUUGGUAUGAAAUUGCUUAUAGUAUUUUUCACACCUUAUGAAAGACAAAUAUGGUGACAUCUGUAUGCGUUAUAGAUUUACAUAAUUGCAUAUACCCCCUGUCAAGAUGUAAAAUAUAAUAUUAACACAAGACCCCCAGCUAGGAGACCACAUUGAGUCCAUAUGGCAAUGGCAUAUUAUUAACAUAUAAGUAUAAACGUUAUUUAAAAACAAAACGAGAUGCAUUAUUAUUAUUAUUGUCUGUUAGUAUGUAUACAAUCGUUUCUGUUCAUCAUUUAGUUAUGAACAUACAGUCAUUCCGGAUUUGCUGGAUAAUCUCUCAACGAAGACUGAAAUAGGUACCAUUUCUGAAUAUAACCUGAUAGUCGUGAAUGGCAUAGAACUCGUGCAAUGAAACACAUGUUUAAUAGCAAUAACAUGUUAGACAACAGUGAUGAAGAUUCGUCGUGCUAUUGCAAGUGGGAAAAUUGUGAUUUGUACAUGAAUAAAAUAGAACUACCAAAACAUGUAAUAAACCAUAUAGCUCCAGAAUCCCAAGGGUUAUUCUACUGCAAGUGGAAAAGUUGUACAAGAGGAGACCGAGCUUUUAACGCCAAGUACAAGAUAUUAGUCCACAUACGCACUCAUACAAACGACAAGCCGCAUCAAUGCUACAUAUGCGGUAAAAGCUUUACACGGGCUGAAAAUCUGAAGAUCCAUGCUCGCUCGCAUACAGGCGAGAAACCUUACGUUUGUUCAGUGAACGGAUGCAACAAGGCAUACUCCAAUACGAGCGAUCGUUUCAAGCACACCCGAACGCACUUCAUCGAAAAACCAUACGCUUGUCGAGUGGAAAGCUGUCUGAAAAGGUAUACGGACCCCAGCUCUUUGCGAAAACAUGCAAAAAGUCAUAAUCAUCAAGUAAAAGUGAUAUUGACACAAGAUACGAAUCCUUGUUGUUCUUCGUCGGUCUUCAUAACACCAUCUUGUUCUGCAUAUUCCAUUCCCAACGUUAUUGACCAACCAUUAGAUUUAUCAAUUCGUUGGAAAAAAUAAAAAUUGAAAUUGAAAGUUAAAAGUAGUAUUCAACAAAAGUGCAAAUGACAAUAUUAUUAAACUUUGUUUAUGAAUUUAUUAUAAU